GUGACCGGCCAAGCUCCGAGCGCCGAAUAUAUCCAAACUAGAAUGUCGAGCAAUUUUACCACGCCUCAACGGCCCUCAGCACACUUUGCUCACUACGAAAACGUCACUCUUCUCGGUCCGCCCACCAUGCGUGGCGCCAUUGUCUUCAGCGGGUCCUCGCACCCCAAGCUGGUCGAGGGCAUGUGCGAUCGACUGGGCAUGAAGCCAGGCUCCGCAACGCUGGGCAAGUUCAAGAACGGGGAGACGUCUGUCACAAUACACACAUCAAUUCGCAACAAGGACGUCUUUAUCGUCCAGAGCGGAAGCGAGAAAAUCAACGACUCGGUCAUGGAGCUGCUGAUUAUGAUAUCUGCCUGCAAAGGCGGCUCGGCAAAGUCAGUCACAGCCGUCAUGCCAUACUUCCCCUACUCUCGCCAGUCCAAGAAGAAACAGCACCGCGGGGCUAUCACAGCCCGCAUGGUCGCAAACCUCCUCCACAUCGCCGGCGUCAACCACGUAAUGACCAUCGACCUCCACGCUUCACAAAUGCAGGGCUUCUUCAAGUGCCCGGUCGACAAUCUCGUCGCCGAACCACUCCUCGCUCGCUGGAUACGCGUCAACGUGCCAAAUUGGAGGGAAGCCGUCGUGGUGAGCAAGAACCCUGGUGGGACAAAGCGCGUUACAUCUCUGGCAGACGCAUUGAAGCUCAGCUUUGGUAUCGUGACGACGGACAGGCGAAGAGCCGGGACUGCAGUGCAUUGGAACGAGAGUGCCAUGUUUGAGCAGCUGAGGCUUGAUGGCUCGUAUGAGACGCCAGAAUUGGUCCGAGCUGCUCUGGACGCCGACGCAGACACCACACCUAGCAGUAAACCCACAAACGACUCGAAAGCAGAGGCUGGAAAGCCAAAGCCGAACACUCGUGUGCCCUCAAAUACACUGCAGCGACGAACAAACGGCCUCUCCGAGGCAGUCGGGAGCCCGUUAUCGAAAUCGAUGCGAGCAAGCUCCAUCAUUGAACCAGAAGUACCUCUAGAGCCGAUUCGAACCGAUUUUGAGAAUAACAAGGAGCAAGAGCUUGGAGACCAAAGCGCAGAUGAGAGCGGGGCAGAGGAGUAUACUGAUGAGCGUGCACGAAAUGUCAUCCACGGCCGUCUAGUACAAGGCCAUAUCGUCGACGACACACAUCCCUCGCCCGCCAUGUCCGCAACCUCACACUCGACUUGGCGAAACCGCCCACCGUCUGAAGGCGAGAAUGAUGACGUACCUGCGCACAUGAUGUCCUCCUUCAUAUCCACGGCUUCUUCUACACGCAACAAAGACACUGAGCACUCUCACGCCCUAGGCGGUACCUACGACGCCGCUGCCUCCUCUGAAGAUGAAGAAGAAGACCUCAAGAACCCCGAACUCGAAACAAUGGUCACCCUCGUAGGCAACGUCAAAGACCGCCCUGUCUUCAUUGUGGACGACAUGAUGGACAAGUCUGCAUCCUGGAUCGCUGCGGCGGAGACCGUCGUCAAGCGCGGUGGGGCUACGAAGGUUUAUUGCUUUGCGACGCACGGCCUGUUUGGAAGCGAUUGUCUAGAGGAGAUGAAUAACUGCGAUGUCAUCGACAAAAUCAUCAUCACCAAUGCUUUCCCGAUUCCAGAGUACAAGCAGGCCCAGGCGCGGGGAAAGCUGGUCAUCAUCAACGUGGACAACUUGCUGGCAGAAGCGAUUCGGCGAAAUCAUCAUGGAGAAAGCAUGAGUCAAUUGUUCAUGCACUACGACUGAGCCAGGGGUAAUCAUAGCAAGGGACGAGAAAGACUCGACUUGGAUUGUGCAAUUAGCAAGGCGCUUGGGUAUUGAUAUUGGG